AUGGAUUUUGGUGACCAUCAUGAGAUAGCUUUUGAUAAAAGAAAAAAAAUUAAGUUCGUGUUGAAUGGAAAUCCUACUAUUGUGAGCAGUUAAAGUAUAGCUGGAAUACCUAGAUUAAAUGAGCUAGUUAAAAUAAGCUGCUAAGCUUUAAAUAUUAAGUACAUUCAUAAUGAGGAGAGCAAUAUUAGGAUUUUCAGAAGUGAAGGAGUAGAACUUUUUGAAGAAGAUCUUAAGUAUCUUAAGCAGAAUGAAAUACUUUAUAUUUCACCAAACAAAGAAGAUUUCGACGAUUCAAAUAAUUUUGCGAUGUACAAGAUCUUAUAAAAAGUAGGAAAAGGUGGAUAUGGAUCAGUAUAUGAGGCAAGGCAUAGGAUUACAAAAGAAAGGAUUGCUAUUAAAAUGAUAAAUGGAUCAAGUAUAAGAUCUGCUAAAGAUAUUGAAAUGAUGUUCAAAGAGAUAGGUCUAUUAAAAAAUUUAAAUCACAAGAAUAUCAUUAAAGUGCUGAAUUGUUACACAUUGAAAAGCGAAAUGAAAUUAGCAAUUGUUUUUGAAUAUUUAGAAGGAGGUGAUUUGAGAGAAUAUUUGGAUAAAUAGCCAGGUUAGUGUGUGGAUGAAGAAGUUGCUAGAAAAAUAUUUCUUUAAUUAUUUAAUGCCAUCUAAUAUUGCCAUAGAGAGAAGAUCAUUCAUAGAGAUUUAAAAUUAGAAAAUAUAAUGUUUACUAGCAAAAAUUAUGAUGUGAUCAAAGUUGUUGAUUUUGGUAUAUCUGCUCAAUAAAGCUUGAUUAAUAUUGAUUACACUUAAGCUGGCUCAGCCAGAUAUUUUGCACCAGAAGUACUCUCUUCAAAAGCACCUGCUCAUCCUUCUAUAGAUGUUUGGGCUAUGGGAUGCAUUCUAUUUUGGGUGAUUGUUGGAAAAUCUCCUUUCCCUUAAAGCACGAAAGAAGAGGUUUUCAAUAAUAUCUUAAAAGGCAAUUAUUCUAUUCCUGUAGAAGCAAAGCAGAGAAUGACAAAAUCUGUUCAGGAUUUGAUAACAAAAAUGCUUUAAGUUGAUGUAAAUAGUAGAAUCACAAUGAAUGAAAUUGCUCAACAUUAAUGGCUUAAAAAUUCUGUGGAAGAAAUGUAAAUAUUUUUAGCAUAAAAAAUUUAAUUAAAAAAUAAGAAAUUUGAUUAAAUUUAAAUAUUUGAAUGUAAAUAAAUUGUCAUAGUUACAGUUGAUUUUUUUCAAAUCAAUAGAAGAAAUAGACAUAUUAUUCUAUUUAAAAUUAAUUAUUUUUAAUAUAGAAAAAUAAUUGAACAAAAAGAAAGACUAGCUCAAAUGCAGCUGCUUAAAAGCUAAAAAACAGCAUUAAAUGAAAGAAAAUCUUUCUGCAAUAAUAUUAAAUCAACACAAAAGAUAUCUUUAAGCAAUUAGGAUUUUUAAAUUAAUAUGACUAAAAAUGGAAUUAUCAAAAGAAAAGAACCCUCAAAGACUGUUAUAAGUCAAACACCUUAAAAAUUUAAUUAAAUGCUAUUCUUAAGAAAGAGUUCUUUAAAUUCGAUUGAGUAAGAUAGAUAAAUUUAAGAAGAUAUUAACCAGAACAAAGACGCAUUAAAAUACUAGAUUGUCCUAGAAUCUUACCAGAAAAAGCUUUUAAAUAAAAAACUACCUUCUAUCAAGGAGUAAUAAAAUAGUAAUUUAAGAAAAAUAAAUAGCUAAAGAGUCCUUAAAGCACACAAUAAGGAUAAACCUCAAAGUUUUUCUUGUGUAGACUAGCCAGCUUAAGGUAAUCCUAACAAUUAUGGUUUGGAUUCUCCAUCUUACUUAAAUCAGACUAAUGGAAUCAUAUCACCAAAGCAAAUGAACACUCCUUUUAAUUUUAAAAAUCAACAAAACUCAAGUAAUAAUCAAACUCAAGUUUAAUACAAAACCCCUAAACAAAACUUGAAAGAAGUUUUUAUUAAUGAAAAUUAAUACUGUGUUAGUAAAUCAUAUUAAUCUUAAACUAAUUUAUAAAAUAAAUUUAAUCAAAGCUAAUAACAAAUAGAAAACCCUCUUAAGAUAAACAAUAAUUUUAACAACACUUUAUCUAAACAAAAAUAAUACAUUAUUGAAAAAAUAACUCCUCUGUAAUCACCAAAUGCAAAUAAAAAUAUAUAGCUUUCACAGUAAUAGAAAGAAUCUCUCAUUCCUAAUUUUAAUCGUAAAAGCGACUCCAAAUUUACUUAAUAAAAAUUGAUCCAAAUUACCAAUAAUAACACUCAAUCUUAGGCAUCAUUCUCGGAUUUAGAAAAUGUUCCUUCUUUUAAAUAAAAUGUUCAAAAUUUAUCUAAUAUAAAUGCAAACGGUAGCAAUUAAAAUUCUUCUAAAGGUAAAAAUAGCAACUUAUUAACUGGAACUGUUUUAUUCUAUUAAAAUGCAUUAAUGUAUGACCAAGACUAAGAAAACAAAAUAUAAAAAAUAAAUAGUUCUAAAAGAAUUCUUACAUACAACUGA